AUGUUGGCCAAGAUCUUUUCUCUACGUCGCACUAGCAACAAGAUACUACCGAUGCUUACUCUACUCAGCAGUAGGAACACCCACUCGCAUCCUGUGACUAUUCUCGUGAAGAAUAAACAUCAACAGACGCGUCAUGUGACACUAGCGAUCUCAGCCGUAGCACUCACGUCUCUGAUUGUGAGUUAUUCGACCUCUGCAUCUUCAGAGUCGGCCACCAAGUCAUUUGAUCAAGCAAGUGCUGAGGAUUAUCUGUACCCCUGUAUCCAACCGUUUAACACGGGAACUCUUCAGGUCUCUCGAAUGCAUGAACUAUACUAUGAAGAAUGUGGAAAUCCAUACGGUAAACCCGUUAUCAUGGUCCAUGGGGGCCCGGGUGCUGGUUGUUCGGACAAUAUGAGACGGUACCAUGAUCCACGGAUGUACCGUAUCAUUUUACUGGAUCAACGUGGUUCGGGACGUAGUAAACCUCAUGCAUCACUUGAAGACAAUACAACGUGGCAUUUGGUGGAAGACAUGGAGAAACUGAGACGUCAUUUGGAGAUUGACAAGUGGCAGGUCUUUGGGGGAUCUUGGGGCAGCACGUUGUCAAUUGCUUAUGCUAUUAAACAUCCAACACAAGUGACGGAAUUGGUCUUGCGUGGGAUUUUUCAUCUUCGUAAACAAGAGAUUGAGUUUUACUACCAGCACGGAGCCAACUUCAUUUACCCGGAUCGCUGGGAGGCGUACCGUGAUGCUAUUCCAGAGGAAGAGCGUGGUAAUUAUUUGAUGGCAUACCAUAAACGCCUUUCCAGUGACAACCCAAAGGUCCGAAUCCCUGCAGCACUUGCCUGGACAACGUGGGAAAAGACCACUAGCAACUUGAUCCCUCCGACGGAUGCUGCGGACAAGUCAAUGAAUGAAGAAAAGUUUGCGGAAGCGUUUGCUCGUAUUGAGAACCAUUAUUUCGUUAACAAGGGCUUCUUUCCUAGUGACGAGUUUUUGAACGAGAAUGUCGACAAGAUUCGUCACAUUCCUACGGUUAUCGUUCAGGGAAGAUACGAUGUCGUUUGCCCGAUGAAGACGGCCUGGGAUUUUCACAACGCUUUCCCGGAGGCUGACUUCCGCGUGGUGCAGACCGCCGGCCACUCCGCUAUGGAGUCCGGUAUUGCAAAGGAGUUGGUGGACGCUACCAACAAAUUCAAAAACUUGUAG